AAUCAUUAAUCUUAAACAAGUCUUCGGUCCCACCACCGAUCGCGAAAGCCGAGGAGAGAGAGAGAGAGAGAGAAAAAAAAAAGAGGAAAAAAGCGAAGAAAGCGAAACUUCUGCUGUUCAAAGUCCAAACAGGUUAUUCUCUCCCUCUUUGCUUACGCUUUUUCUAGGUUUAGGGUUCUUUUACUUCGUGCCGGCAACGGCACCGGCACUGUAAUCGCCGCCAAUUAUGGACUCUUUCUCGCCUUUGAAACUCUAACGUUUGAACCUUUUCCGGCUAAACAAAGUUCAAUCCUUUGAUUAAUAUUUUCCCUAGGGUUUGAAGAUAAUCGACGGGUUUUGGUCGUGUAACAAGUAAACUCACUUAGAAAUGCAAGAUGCAUACAAACGGAUAUGUGUUUGGACAUACUUCUUGCCAGCCGCCAAUUCAUCCUAUUAUGGAAGGGAAUAAACUACACCAUUAUCCUGUUGAGGGCCUCAAUGCCAGAAGUGACUGGCAACAUGAUCCUGGAAUCAGCUGGCCUAGUGAUUUUAUUAGACACAAAAAUCCUGAACUUUUGGCAAGCCUUGGGUGGAGACAAGACAGUUCUGAUUUUGUUACUGACUUGGAAUCCAAACUUUGGAUGAUGGCUGCUCCAAAGGAGGAGUACAUGAACCUGGGGACUCUGAAACAUCCACUGUGUAAAGUGUUUGAGAAGGAUCUCAGUCAACAAGUUUCCUUUUGUCCUCCCUCACUCAACCAUAAGGCAAUCCCCAACAAUUUGAGACUAAAUUGCAGCUCAGGCACGUCAGACCUUUCCUUUAAUGCUAGAGCUGAUCAUAACAUGGCUGCAGUUGAUCAUAUUAAUCCCUUUGGCUUCUCAAAAGGAGCUGCUAGCAUGUUCGCUACUUCUAAUGGGCAGCAUACAUGGUCUGCUUGUGAAAUGGCACAGACUAACAGUGAGAUGGUUUUUUCUCCUGAUGCAUAUUGUGGGGAAGGGUUUUAUCAUCAUGAAGCCUUUGAAAAUGGAGUCUUUUCUGGUGGAAAUUUAUUGCAUUGUUCAGAGGCACCACUUAAUGGCCAUUUUCAACAGCAACAUCUUAAUGGCCAAAGGAAUGUUUCCUUGGGAAAUAUCCAGAACAUUAAUUCAAUGGAUUCCCUACCUAUGCUGGGGGUUUAUUCAGGGCUUUCUAAUUUAUAUAUACCUAGCUCACAGAACUCUUCACAGGCUGCCCAUGAAGCUUCUGAUGUUUUGCAUUGCGUGGACAUCAGCACACCUUGGUCAACUUUUCCACAGCAAUCUCAAUCGCAGAUGUUGGAGUUACAACAGAACCAAGAAUGGCCUCACCAACAAUCCUUGCAGUCCUAUGGUUCAUCUGAUGCUGAAGCAAAGGGUUAUGUUGUUGAACAAAAUGGAUCCUUCAGGGCAGUAGUAGCACAAACUGCAUCUGAGAAGUCCCAGCUGUCUUCAGUAGAAUCACUGCAUUAUUCAAAGGUCAACAUUGAAGUUUCUGAUGUUUUGCGUUGCAUGGACUUCAGUGCACCUAACUCAACUUUUCUACAGCAAUCUCAGUCACAGAUGUUUGAUAUGCAGCAGAACCAUCAGUGGCUUCAUCAACCUUACUUGCAGUCUGACGGUUCACCUGAUGCCAAAGCAAAAUGUUACUUUGUUGAACAAAUUGAAUCUUCCAGUACAGUAUUGGCACAAACUGCAUCCGAGCUGCCUCAGCUCUCUUCAGCAGAGUCACCUGAAAAUUCAAGAAAUAUACUUCCCCUUGCUGUGAAACAUGAGAUUCUACUGGCUUAUAGCAAUUAUAGGAAAUCAGUGAGGAAAAUGACAAAUUGUCAAGAUUAUUUUCUUAAGUACGCACAUUCAAGAGUCUGCAAUCCUCAAAUGUGUAAAUGUGAACAUGUUUCCUCACUUCUGUCACAUUUCGAUGCCUGCCCCCGUGGUGGUUGUGAUAUUUGUGAGCCUGUCUGGUACCUUUCUGUCACAGGUAAAGGCUGUCAAGAACUUGAAAAUGUAAAAGGGAGCUUUGUAAAGGAGUUCAGUAAUAACAGUAGUUCUGACAGGUGCAAUAGUAAUGGUUCAGAAAACAUGCUGCCUCCGUCAAAGCGUUUGAAGAUGACAGAUCCUUCUCGUUUCUUGUCAUCAGAGGUUGUGUUUUCAAACAUGAUGACUCCUCUGGAGGUUCAAUCGUAUGAUCUUAUGUUUCUACGUAGGUUGCUGUCACCUGAUUCUCAUGUAUCUACUGAUUCUGAGGUUAUGGGGAUUAACAUGGAACUGCUAUCAAGGCCAGUAGAUGAUUCUUCUAGUGCUAAAGAGAUAGGGAAUAAUUCUACUGAUACUUUUCCUAUAUCAGCUUCCCAUUGUUUGCCAGAUUUUAAUGAAGGGGUUGUCAGCAAUUGGAGACUAGAGGAGAUGGACCUAUCAAGUGACAUCACAGAAAAUGUCUUAGAUUAUGGUCACAAGUUGAAGUUCAAUACUUCACCUGUCCUCUCUGAAGAGCAAGGGACAGAGAUCAGGAAUGAAGGGAUUGUCAGCAACCAUGAACAAGAGGAUAUGGACCUGCAAAGCGCUUCUGACAUGGAGGAGAAUGUCUUUGAUUAUUAUUACUGGCUGAAGUCCAAAACUUUGCCUGGCCUCUCUGAAAAGAAUGGUGCUGGUUGUGAAGUGGAAAAAAUAGAGGUCAGUACUGACUUCAAUAUGGAAAAACUAUACACAGUGAGCAAGCCAAUUGAAAGAGAAUCAGAUUGUGGAAAAGAAAUGAAAUUAGAGAGUUCAAAGAGAAUGAGUCCGUCCUUGACUGAAACUUUCACAGCAGAGCAAAUAAAGGAACACAUAUCAAGUCUUAGAUUGUCUAUUUGUCAGAGUUUACCAAAGAAAGAAAAGGAAAACAGAACAGUGAAUAUUAGCACUGGAAACGGAUGCCAGUUGUGCGGAGCAGAUAGGCUUUCACUUGCCCCAGCGCCACUAUAUUGUUCAUCAUGCAGUGCUCGUAUCAAAAGAAAUGUGACUUAUUACACCACACUUGAAGAAAAUGUAGCCCGCUAUUGUUUUUGUUCCACAUGCUAUAGGCAUUCUCGUGGCAGUAUCAAAGUUUGUGAGAGUACUUUUUCCAAGGGAAAGCUUGGUAAAAAGAAGAAUGAUGAGGAAGUUGAUGAAUCGUGGGUUCAGUGUGAUAAAUGUGAGGGAUGGCAACACCAGAUAUGUGCUCUUUUCAAUGAAAAAAACAAUAUCCACGGAGAAGCUCAGUAUGUCUGUCCCAAAUGCUGCUUAGAAGAAAUUCAAAAUGGAGACCGUGUGCCCUUGACUGGGAGUUCUGUUGUUGGUGCAAAAGAUCUCCCCUGUACUGCACUUAGUGAGCACAUUGAGCGAAGACUUUUUAGGCGCCUCAAACAAGAGAGAGAAGAAACUGCAAUGGCUACAGGAAAGAGUAUUGAUGAGGUCCCAGAAGCAGAAGAUCUUGUUGUCAGAGUGGUUCUGUCUGUUGAAAAACACCUGAAAGUGAAGAAGCAGUUUUUAGAUAUAUUUAAUGAAGAGAAUUACCCAGCUGAAUUUCCAUACAAGUCAAAGGUUAUUCUCCUUUUUCAGAAGAUUGAAGGGGUAGAUGUAUGCCUAUUCGGCAUGUAUGUCCAGGAGUUUGGUGCAAAAUGCAGUCCUCCAAAUCAGCGUUGUGUUUAUAUCUCCUAUCUAGAUUCUGUCAAAUAUUUUAGGCCUGAAAGAGAAACUGCAGCGGGAGAAGCUCUUCGUACCUUUGUUUACCAUGAAAUACUAAUGGGGUACCUUGAACACUGUAAGAAACGAGGGUUUGUGACCUGUCACCUGUGGGCCUGCCCACCUCUAAAAGGGGAAGAUUAUAUUAUAUAUUGUCAUCCAGAUAGUCAAAAAACGCCAAAGCCUGAUAAGCUGCGAAGCUGGUAUCACUCCAUGUUACAAAAAGCCAUUAAAGAUAAUACAGUGGUUGAAUUUACGAACUUAUAUGAUCACUUCCUUGCAACAGCUGGACAAUGCAAUUUCAAGAUUUCAGCAGCUCAGUUACCUUAUUUUGAUGGUGAGCACUGGUUUGUUGCUGCUGAGAAAAUAAUCAAGAAUCUUGAGGAAGAAAAUUCAGGAGACUCAUGUGGUAAGGUGAAGAAAACAUUGACAAAGAAUACAUUGAAAACUAUGGGACAUGCAGAUCUUUCUGGUGGUGACACUAAAGACAUUCGGCUAUUGCAAAAGCUUAGGCAAACCAUAUUUCCUAUAAAGGAGGAGUUUCUUGUUGUCCACUUGCAGUUUGUCUGCAAAUGGUGUCAUGAAGCGAUAUUAUCUGGGUGGAGAUGGACUUGCAGUCAGUGCAAAAACUUUCAUCUAUGUAAAAGGUGCCACAAUAAAGAGCAGAAUCUUAACCGUAAGCACACUCACACUGUAAAUAACGGGGAAAAACAUGUACUCUCUAAGAUUUUAGUGGAUGAUGUACCACUGGAUACUGAGGAUAAAGACGUUAUUUUGGAUAAUGGAUUAUUUGAAAAUAGGCAUACAUUCUUGGGCUUAUGUCAGGAGAAUAAUUAUCAAUUUGAUACUCUCCGUCGGGCCAAGCAUUCUUCCAUGAUGAUCCUGCACUAUCUUUUUGCUACAGAACCAAGCUCACUUGCUGCAACCACCUGAAAGCAUUUUGCCAUAAGGACACAACAUUAGUUUACAUUUUUAAUGUUUGCUUUGCAUGCUAUCAAAGAGAUGCUGCUUCCUUACAUCGUCAUAAGUUGACCAUUGUCAGCUGUUGAUCAUGUGAGAGAGAGCAAACAGGUCAAUUCACCAGCAAGCAGGAAGAUCAAGAAACUCUGGGUCUGAAG